AUUCCAGGCUAUGCAACCAUAUCGACCUGUAUAAAUAGUGUACGUAUCCUGUGUGAUUGAAUAUACAUACACUUCACAUAAUAUAAUAUUAUCAAUCUAUUUCAUCCCUGCAUGGCUCGUUGGAUCAAACCAGAGGUAUAUCCUCUGAUGGCAGCUAUGACAUUUGUAACAAGUAUGUGUGUUUUUCAGCUCACCAGGAACGUCUUCAUGAACCCUGAUGUCAGGAUUAACAAAGCUCACCGUACAGCAGGUGUACUAGAUAACUUGGAAGAAGGAGAGAAAUACAGGCACCAUGGACUCCGCAAGUUUCUCCGUGAACGCCCACCGGAGGUUAUGCCGGCGAUCAACCACUUCUUCUCGGAGUCGGACAUUAAUACCAAAUAGAGAUGGAUACGGAUUUGUUUCGGAACGGAUCAAGAUUAAAUUACGACCAUGUUUUGUUAUUUUGUAUUGUCUCUCCUUUGUUUUGCGGCACCAUAUACGUACAUAUUGUCAAGUUGCAAUAAAUUAAUCUCGUGUUCUUGUCA